CCUGUAUCGGCCCCGAGACUUGUAAAUGUGAUGAAGGGUGGCAAAUGAUACAAUCGCAAAAUUCCACCAAUAAAACCUGCAAACCAAUAUGUUCGAAGCCUUGCGUUAAUGGAGUCUGUGUAGCUCCCGAGACCUGUAAAUGUAUAAAUGGAUAUGUCAAAUCUAACAAUUAUAGCUGCGAACCACUUUGCUCCAACGGAUGUCCACAUGGAAUCUGCGUAGCGCCUGAGAUUUGUGAUUGUCGUCCAGGAUGGCACAUAUCACAUGAUAAUAAAACGUGUCUUCCAGUUUGUUCCAAGCCUUGUGUCAACGGCACUUGUGUUGAGCCUAAUACCUGCAGAUGUUUGCUUGGUUAUAGAGUUUCCGGGAAAUUUACGUGCAAGCCCCACUGUACAAAUGGAUGUCCAAACGGGACAUGUAUAAGUCCUGAAAAGUGUGAAUGUAAUGCUGGAUGGCAAUCAACCAGCUUAAACAACUCAAUGAUUACUUCGUGUCAACCCAAAUGUACAAAAUCUUGUAUAAAUGGUAUCUGUGUGGCACCAGAAACUUGUGAAUGUACAAAAGGAUACAUAAAAUCUGGAAAGUACAGCUGCGAGCCUUUCUGCUCUAGUGGAUGCCCCAAUGGUACUUGUGUUAGUCCGGAAACUUGUGUCUGUAACUCAGGAUGGCAAAUGAUUCAACUGAACGACACUAAAAUAAAAACAUGUCAACCGUUUUGUUCAAAACCCUGUAUUGAAGGCACAUGUGUAGCUCCUGAAACAUGCCAGUGUUCAAAAGGAUAUGUCAAAUCUGACAAGUACAACUGUAAGCCUUUCUGUUCCAGUGGAUGUCCGCACGGUACCUGUGUCGGCCCCGAGACUUGUAAAUGUGAUUUAGGAUGGCAAUUAGUUCAGCUAAAUAACUCUACAAACAAAACAUGUCAGCCGAUCUGCUCAAAGCCUUGCGUAAAUGGGAUCUGUGUAGCUCCAGAAACAUGUCAAUGCACUAAGGGAUUCGUCAAGUCUGACAAGUACAACUGCAAGCCUUUCUGUUCCAGUGGAUGUCCGCAUGGUACCUGUGUCAGCCCCGAGACUUGUAAAUGUGAUGAAGGGUGGCAAAUGGUACAAGCGCAAAAUUCCACCAAUAAAACGUGCAAACCAAUAUGUUCCAAGCCUUGCGUUAAUGGAGUCUGUGUAGCUCCCGAGACCUGUAAAUGUAUAAAUGGAUAUGUCAAAUCUAACAAUUAUAGCUGCGAACCUCUUUGCUCCAACGGAUGUCCACAUGGAAUCUGCGUAGCGCCUGAGACUUGUGAUUGUCGUCCAGGAUGGCACAUAUCACAUGAUAAUAAAACGUGUCUCCCAGUUUGUUCCAAGCCUUGUGUCAACGGCACUUGUGUUGAGCCUAAUACCUGCAAAUGUUUGCUUGGUUAUAGAGUUUCCGGGAAAUUUACGUGCAAGCCCCACUGUACAAAUGGAUGUCCAAACGGGACAUGUAUAAGUCCUGAAAAGUGUGAAUGUAAUGCGGGAUGGCAAUCAAUCAGAUUGAACAAUUCAAUGAUUAGUUCGUGUCAACCCAAAUGUACAAAGCCUUGUAUAAAUGGCACUUGCGUUGCCCCAGACACUUGUAAAUGUUUUGCCGGUUAUGUGAAAUCUGCCGAGAAUGUAUGUAUACCUCAUUGUCAUUACGGAUGUCCCCACGGUGUUUGUAUCAGUCCAGAGACGUGUGUUUGUAACCCCGGUUGGAAGAUGACACAAAUCAACGGCACAACGAAUAAAACUUGUGAACCAGAGUGCAGUCCACCUUGUGUUAAUGGCUCUUGUACAGCUCCUGGUAGGUGCGAAUGUUAUUUUGGCUAUGAGAAUUCUGAAAAGAAUAAUGAUUGCCGACCGCGAUGUUCCAAUGGGUGCAGGAAUGGUGUGUGCACCGACCCUGACACAUGUCUCUGCAACGCAGGAUGGGAAAUGUCGGAGACAAGUAACGGAACAUGCCAGCCAGUGUGCAGUAAGCCCUGCGUGCACGGCAAAUGCAUCGGUCCUGACACGUGUGAAUGUCUUGCUGGGUAUGAAGCAGCAGAGAACAAUACUUGUGUACCACGGUGUGCCGCCGGCUGUACACACGGGGUAUGCGAGAGUUCUGACAAUGAUAACGCAACAUGCGAAGAAAACCAAAAUGCACAGGCAAAGAUGGAAUCCAACCGAGUAAAUUUGACUGUCAUAGCAGCAAGUAUCAUCGGUAUAAUUGUGAUAAUUGCUGCUGUAAUCGGAACCAUUCUAUUUAUUGGCCGAACCUGCCGGCGGAAGAAAAACUGUAAAGAGAGCGAUCCUGGCGUAGCGAUUCCAGCACAAGAAAUUGCUCCCACAAUAUUUAAUAAAUCUAAACACAGUUAUAAUGUAACGUAAUCAAUUUAUUAUAAACAAAUUAAUAUUGAUUAAAUAUAAGAAAAAAAAUGUUUUAUGUAUUGAUGAAAUAGAUGUGGUAAUAUAAUGCUGCCCUGAGGUAUACCAACAUUCAAAUCGCCCCAGCUAUCUAAGUUUGUUGUCAACCAUAGUGAACUGAUCAGCUGCUGCUGCUGCUCCCAAAGAUAUGAAGC